AUGGAGAACAGCACCUUCGGCAACACAUCGCACGUCGGAAUGACUGCUCACGGCCUUUGGGAGGUGAUAGCCAUCGCCACGGUGUCGGCCAUCGUCAGCCUGAUAACGAUAGUUGGUAACGUGCUGGUGUUGCUGUCGUUCAAAGUGAACAGCCAGCUGAAGACUGUGAACAACUACUACCUCCUGAGUUUGGCGUUCGCUGACCUCAUCAUCGGCGUGCUGUCCAUGAACUUGUACACCACAUACAUACUGAUGGGUUACUGGUCCUUGGGGAACCUGGCGUGUGACCUCUGGCUUGCAGUGGAUUAUGUGGCCAGCAACGCUUCGGUCAUGAACUUGCUCGUCAUCAGCUUCGACAGAUACUUCUCCAUCACGAGGCCGCUGACCUACAGGGCAAAGAGGACUCCAAAGAGAGCCGCCAUCAUGAUCGGACUUGCAUGGAUGGUGUCUUUUGUCCUCUGGGCGCCACCCAUCUUGUGCUGGCAGUACUUUGUAGGAGAGAGAAAAGUGCCUAAGGAACAGUGUCAGAUCCAGUUUUUGACCGAGCCUGUGAUCACAUUUGGAACCGCCAUCGCUGCUUUCUACAUCCCCGUCUCUGUUAUGACUAUCCUGUACUGCAGGAUCUACAAGGAGACGCAGAGACGCACCAAAGACCUGGCAGAGCUGCAAGGCCUGGCGACAGAAAAUAUUCCAGAAGGAAUUAAACCACCGAAAACUCUCAUUCACUCCUGCUUUCAUUUCACCAGAGAGAGGAGGGACCGGAGUCAGGCCUCCUGGUCCUCAUCCAACCAAAGUAACGCCACCAAGACGACCACCAGGUCCGAUGAGGCGUGGGCCAAAGCCGACCAGAUCACUUCCUUCAACAGCUACACCUCAUCUGAAGAGGAGGAGCACCACGCCUCACUGGAAACUCCACAGGGGUCUUUCAAAGAGCAAAGCAGUGUCCAGAGUAACAAGAACGGGCAAGUGACUGAUUAUGCAGAAGAUCAGUUUUUCUCCUCUCCUCAAAAGAAGAACAGCAAAAAGGGCAUCGCUUAUAAAUUCAGACCUGGCUCGAGGGUUAAAAAGAACAGUCCCCCACCUGCAGCACCCUGCCUGCCGGAAACAGAGCCCCCCGCCGCACACGCCUCCCCCUCCGCCUCCUCCACCACCUCCAAACCCAUGGACCCCGUCCUGAAGAGCCAGAUCACCAAGAGGAAGAGGAUGGUGCUGGUGAAGGAGAAGAAAGCGGCCCAGACUCUCAGCGCCAUCCUGCUGGCCUUCAUCCUCACGUGGACGCCGUACAACAUCAUGGUGCUCAUCUCCACCUUCUGCACCGAGUGCAUCCCCAUGUCCCUGUGGCACCUGGGCUACUGGCUGUGCUACGUCAACAGCACCAUCAACCCCAUGUGCUACGCCCUGUGCAACAAAACCUUCCAGAAGACCUUUCGCAUGCUUCUGCUCUGCCAGUGGAGGAGGAAGAGGAGGGGAGAGGACAAGCUGUACUGGUGCGGACAAAACCCAAACGCCAACAAUAAAGUGACUUGA